AUGUUCAGUGAAAAGAGCAGUGCCUCUUUGUCCCAGAAACCCAUCCAGAAAAAGACACGACCUCAAGGCCUCCCCUCCCCUGCUCUCUGCUGUGCUUGUGGACUUUGCAUCAUGCUAGCAGGGAUCAACAUCACUUUAGUGGGAGCAUUUGCCUUUGGGACCUUCCUCCCUGUGAACAACCCUCCCAUCAUCAUCGGACCCAUCUUACUGGUGGUGGCCUUCACGUUCUUUGGUGCCUGCUGCAUCUGCAGCCGAAGGCCCCCAGCUCACGGGGCCAGGAAAUCUAAACCAGGUUCCAACAUUGGGCUCAUCAAACCUGGCAACACAGCCUUUGAAAUUGAAACUAGUGAGCACACAGUGCAGGAUACCACCGCUGUUCAGCUGAGCCCCACAAAUUCCCCCAUCUCCUCGAAAAAGUCCACACCAGUCCACGAGAACGCGAAGACUUGCAAGCUCUUCACGAUGGAAGGCAACGGGCCAGUGGCCAAGUACACCACAGGAGGAGAGGCGAUACAGCUCAACUUGCCCAGGGACCUGGCCGCAUCCUAAAGCCAGGCAGAGCUUUUGUUAGCAGCCAGCCAGACGCUGCAAUGGGUGGGCUGGAAAUCCGUGAUAUACCAUCAGUCAGAGGUGUGGCGAAGGUGCUUGUGAAAAGCCAGCAGACAGACAGGUGUCUCUGAAUCAAUUUAAGGAAGGUGGAAGCAACAGCAGAAAAAUUCCAGAUUUUUGCUGAAAGGAACAUGCCCAUUACGUGGCUUUAGAAAGAGAAUGGAUAAUGAUGUUGCUGUGAAAGGAUGACUCUCGGUUCCUGGGAAUACACUGGCUUUAUGGGGAGCAGAUAGAAAGAGGGGAAUUAAUUAAUUUGUCUAGCAUAACGUGGAAAUGUGAUGGCUGGAAGAAGGGGCUACACGGGUCUGACAAAUGACGCUCUUUCUUCUCAGAAGUGAAGCAAUUCUUGAACUUAAAAGAAGCAGGAAUGCAGUAAAUUACAGCUUGCUGCCACUCAGUCACAAGAAGAUUUCAGCAUUUUUAGUGCCAGGCUUUUUGGCAGCAGGGACAAAGCUAUGUGUUUGCUAUUGAAAAAGCAGUGUGGAACAAUCUCCCCUCCCUUGAAAAUCCUUGUCCCAUCUUUACCACCCAUUAUAAGAGACAGCGAAUCACAAGGAUCACAAUUAGCACUGGUAUUUUCCUCUUGUUUUAAUCAGGUUGGGCUGCAGCUGUGCUGCUCAGUGCCAUACCUAUCUUGGAAGGUCAGCCAGGCUGAAUCCUUGGGGACAAGCUCUUGGAGUAGCCAGAGAUUGGCAGGAGCCUGCAGAUUAAAUCUUUGGGCAAUUAUUAUGUACUGAGCGCUCGGUAGGUUCCUCUCCAUCUUUUUGUGGAAGGCUGGUCUGGAACAAACAUCAGCUUGGGGCAGAGGGGAAAUAACUGUAAGAGCUUCAGCAUAGCUGUGCUGGAAGAUGGUGACUAUAUCUCCUUCCCUGAAGUGGCUGCAAGACCCAUUACACAGAGUGGGUAAUCAGGAUUGGAUCUCCUCGCUGCAGGAAACUUGCUGCUCAACAUACUCAUGGGCUUGCAAAGCAAUGGGAUGAGUUUGCAGAAGAGAAUUUAUCAACAGCUGUUGAAUUCAAAGACACCUCUGCCUCAGAAAGACCAUGAUCUCACGGAAAAAUGCUACAAAGGCUUUGUGUUCUUCCCUGGGCAACCCUGGCUGGGAAGAUGUUGCUGUGCCAAUGGGCCCUUGCUCUGACUCCUGUAGAGGCUGUUCACAUGUUUUAUGAGAUGGGACCAGUGUGGGGAAGGACAGCUGUGCUAGGCAGGACCAGUAUGUGGGGAGGCAGCAGUAGGAGAGUGGAUUUUGAAUAGGAAUGGCUGCGUAGGUUUUCUGUUUAUGGAAAUCCUAUAUUUGAAUGGGGCCUUGGGACUUUGACUGACUAGAAAGUCAUAUGGACACAAGAGUGACCAUACCAGAUCAUUCCAAAGGCCCAGCAAGCCCAGCAACCCAUUUCAGACAAGUCCAAGAGCGAGGUCUGGAGAGGAGCAUAAAGACGGGGCAAAACCAGGGUGUUGCUUGCCUAAAGUGCUCUCCCAGCACCCAACGCGCUAUUGCUUAGGAGCUUCCUGAGAUGGAAGUGGUGUCUGUAUUUAGUAGCCCUGAAUGGAUUUCUUCUUCAUUAAAUUUGCACCUUGAAUAUCUGUCAAGUUUCGUCAUUUGUGAUCCUGCAGCAGGGAGUUUCACAGUUUAAUGAGAGGCUGUAAAGUUCUCUAUUCUUGGCUUUUUUCAUCCUGCACCCUCCUAAUUGCCUUUGAUGCCUCAAAUUUCCUGGAUUAGAAGGGCCAGCAAACAGCCCACACCAUUCAGGUUUUCUGGGGUCUUUGUCAUGUUUCCUUCAGUCAUCUCUUUCCUGUAGUACUUCACAUCUCUUGUGGACAGAGGAAGGUGAUGCUUCCCAUUCAGCCCAGCAUCAGCAGUUUGCUGAGGACAACACAUCCCCGAGGCUUUAGCCAGCAGAGACGUGUGUAUGGAGAGGUGAGAGGGAUGAAGGGGAAACACUGGAAGAAAGGGACAGAUUGGGACGUGGCCAAGGCCAUGCUGCAUGACCAGGCUGUGAGGGCCUAUGGCUGAUGUGCUGGGUUAAGUGAUGGCACAUGGGGUCAUGGAGGAGCUGGAGAGAAGAGCCAUGGUGCUGUACAGUCCAUGCAUAAGGUCCUGGUUGCGCUGGGGAGCUGCUGUGCAGCCCAUGGCCCCUUCAUGAGCUUGGAUAGGAUAAGGUUGAAUUUCAUUCCUUGAUAAGAGUGAAUCAAAUGCUUUGUCUUCAUGUGGGUCCUCCUUGAGUACUCCAACAGUUUGCUGCCUUGAACAGCUCCUUCUACAUCAAGCAAUUACAUCAGUGUGAUUUUAGCAGGGCUGGUCUACUGGCUAGGAGGGGCAGAAGCAGGCUUGGGAGAAGGACAUUUUGUUGGCCUGAUAAGAUAUGGGAUCAAGUCUUUGGUACAGCCUCCAGGUCCUGGGCAAAUCAUUUAAUUGUGCUCAGCUUCCUGCCUGUGUAGGAGGGAAAAUACCUGCUCCCAACUCCACUUAAAGCUGCUUUAAAGAUGAACACAUUGCCAAGCAGCAGGAUUGGUAUUAGCACACCUGAGCCUGGAGAUUGCUGGAAGGUGGAUGAGUCUGUAUAGUCUGAUCUCUGCACGAUCUCCUUUAGAGCUCAUUUUCAUGGGUGAGCUCUGGCUCCAGCACCGGCUGCCCUUCGGCACACAGGAACUGCUGUACUGAACAAAAGGCUCCCAGGAUUUUUGCCUGCUGGUGAUUACUGUAGCAAUUAAACAGAAUAGCUUGCUGUCAUAGGUUUGAUUCCCAGCUUGCUGGCUCACCAGCCUUUUGGAAUAGCACAGAACAGGCUGGAAGUCCUUUAGAGGUAUUGCCCGCAUGAAUAAGGUAACUGCUGCAUUUUUCUUUGAGCACUUGGAGCCAAAAAAAAUAGUAAAAUCAAGUGGUAACCAUACAAGUCCUUCCUGUACUCACUGAAGGCUUGAAAACCAAGUCUGGGGGUGUGUGCUGGAAUUGGUCCUUAUUGUACCUGCCCCGUGAAGUGCUACCAGUGAUGGAUCAUACAAUGGCAGAUCCCAUAGAAGUCGAAGGCACAGGCCCUUUGGGCAGGAACGGGGACAGAAGCAGGACUUUGAGGGCCAGCUAGGAGUUUAGUGUGGUUCACACUUGCGUUGUGGCAUCACAGCCAGUACUAUACAGGGAACCCCGACGCAGCCCGGGGACCUGGUGCAUCCUGUGCGGCACACGCAGGUCGCCGUAAAGUCGGUGUUGCUCUGGGAGUUGACACCCUUGGGACCCAAGAGAUGACAACCAGCAGAGAUGGCACCUGAAUGAGCAGAGGUGUAGGACCAGUGAGAUGCUGAUCUCCUGGCGUGGUGGGUCUGUAUGCCAAGUUGUGACCCUAACCGCCUGCCUGCACAGCAGGGUGGGCAUGGGAACAUCUGCUGCCUUCCGAAGCAUAAAUGCCCUGCUUUUGCCUUUUUCUGUGUUUUGGGAUUUCCAUGUCUGCUUGUCUGUCCACCUCCGUGAUUGACCGUGACUAAUAUUGUUGUGAACCUUGUGCCUCCUUGUGUAGCGGGACACAGGGAGAGUUUCUUGUUCUCCAAGUCAGUGUUUCUGGUGUGAGUCUUUUUUUAAAUUACUCUGUGUGUGUGUGUGCAAUGUGGAAUUUGGAAAAGACAGACCC